ACUACCCGUCGAGGAAAUGUUGAAGCUUGAAUGACACCACUCGCUUUUAAACGCGCUCAGAAGUCAGUUUUAAGAAUGUUCGUGUUCCUGGGGAUUUUGCUUUUGAAGCUAGCUUUAGUUUGCAGUGGGUUAGAAGUUCGUCCUAAGGCUAAUGGAGAAGUUGAAACUUAUAUGUCGGCGGUAAAACUGGAAGGUCUUCCGUAUAUCAAGCGUGCAGUAAACAUCUCAGUUUCCGUGACUGUAAAAUAUGAAAUCACAGGAGUUAGUGAUCCAUCCACUGUUACAUUGUCUUGGAAGCGUAAUGGCGAAGAAAUUUCAGUUAGCCGACGUAAGGCAGAUGAUGCGCCUAUCCUUUCCGGAGAUUACUCUUCAGAGACAUUCUCUGACACUACGCAUACUCUGGAAGUUACUUUAAAUUUAAAUCAAAAAGGUCCAGUUCCUGGAAAUUAUACUUUGAUUGCAACAAUGGGUGGGGUUACGUCUUCUGGUUCUGGCCAAGCAUAUAGCGCACCUGUUCUUCCACUAUUUACUAAGCCAAAACGUGUCUUGGAGGGUGAUAUUAUGCGGCUGGUUUGUCGUGUUAGUAGUUAUCCUCAGCCAUCUUCAGUAAUAUGGAGUUUUGCAUCGAUACAAGCUAGUCAAAUGGAUGAUGACAAUGCCAUUAAUACAGCCUUAUAUAAUUUACUUCCUCUGUUGACCAAUGAAACUCACUAUGUCCUGGAAACAAGUGAUGGUGGUACGCCGAAUGAUACUCUGCGCUUCUUGGAUUUAAAAGAAAGUGAUAAUGGUCUGUAUGCAUGUAACGUUUCAACUGAACGCGGUACUGAUUUCGCUUUGAUGGUUGUCAACGUUAAAGAUCGUUGGGCCGCUCUUUGGCCAUUUAUUGGAAUUAUUGUUGAAGUUACUAUUUUGGUUGCCGCUAUCCUAUUAUAUGAACGUCACCAAAUGCAUACAAAACCAACUAAUCUCAGCGCUAAAUGUGAUACUACUAGUGGUACUGGUGCAGUUUCUGGCCAAGAUAAUGUAUCAGCAAUACCUAAUAAUAAAAUUCAAACCAAUAAUAACAAUACAGGUCAAAAUAAUCUUACAGUUCCUGUUCAUGCUGGUGAUGUGCGUACUGAAAAUCUUGAUGUAAAUGUUGAAGGAAGAGACCAAAAAGCCGAUGAGAUUCGUUUACGUGCACAUGUCAAAUAAGAAUGAUUUUAUUCAUUAAGCACCCACAUUUUAUUUAAUCGCAACAAAAAAACAAAAAAACACAACUAUCGUGGUUAAUGCUAUUCGAUGUGUAGAUGCAUACAAUGCUUGCUGGUGUAAUUAUUAAACAAUCUGCUUAUGUCUGCAUAGUUUUAUUGACUUCACUUAUUCAGUAUAAUUUUUUUCUGACUAUGUGCAUAUUAGUUUCAUUAUUAUUAUUAUUUUCUACUUGUUUGUUUUUUUAAAGAAAAUAAUCGUUAGAAUCUCACUUUAGUUAAGAUUUUUGAUCUAUCUGUUUCGCAAUAUUCCCCCCACCGACCGCCAUCGUCUAAUCUCUCUCUCUCUCUCAUAUGGACUCACACGUUUUACGUUUGAUGAUCUGUUAGUCAUUUUCCGCUGUUUUGUAGUUCCGACAUUUGUUCAAUGAUCAUUUAAUUUAUAACAUUGUUUCUCUUGAUCAAUUAAUCAAUCAGUUAAUCGAUCAACUAACUAACGAUGCACGUACUCAUGUUAUUCUGUCCAGUUCAUUAUUGUUUCCACACACACACACACAAGACAGUACUUUUUUGUCUUAAUAAUUUAUAAUACGCAUUAUUUUUUGUUCUUUGCUUAACCCUCAUCUUAAAAUUAUUGUCAAUAAUGGUUAUAUUUAUAUGAAAGUAUAGAUCACCAUAUUUUUUAAGUAAAUGCACUAAAUGUUUUAUUAGUAUAGAUUUAUAGAAAGUUAAUCGAGAUUUUCUCGACUUUAUUAUUAUUAUUAUUAUAUUGUUUAAUACAUCAGUUAAGCCGGAAUCAUAGUUUAAAAAAAAACAUCUUAAUUUAUUUUACAGACAAAUAUAAACACUGGAUGAUUUGCAUGAACUUUGAGUGUAUGAAGUGACCUAAAUUUCAUUGAUAUACAGAUUGUGAACAUUGAAAAUACAUGUAGACCAAGUACGUAAAAUACAGUAUUCAUUGUAUUAUAAGUGGUUGAUGGAUGAAUAUGUUUUUUGUAACUAGCUUUAUGAAAAUUGUAUUCGAUUAUGUACCUAAACUUAAGUUAAUAGCUCUCAUUCGGGCCGAGAUUUAAACUUGAUCAUUGAUAUUGUGUUUAUUCGACAGUUAUUCCUUCCGUACUAGUGAUUGUGAAGUUUUCAAUUGGUACCGUGUAUUCUUAACGAUUACUAUACGAAGAACAUUUGUAUCCAAA